AUGUCAGCUGUUGUAGAUGACAAGGUUCUCUUAUAUGCUGAUGACUCUGGAAUUUUGGUAACCGGUAAGUGUAAGUCGGAAAUUGAAGCUAUCUUAUCCAAUGAUCUCGAACUAAUUAGUGCCUGGCUUGUGGAUAAUAAGCUUUCUUUGCAUUUGGGCAAAACAGAGUCUAUUUUGUUUGGGUCCAAGCCAAAACUUAGAAAUGGUUCUAGUUUGGCUAUUACCUGUAAUGGUGUUGGUAUCUCAGCCUCUGAAACAGUGAAGUACCUUGGUGCUACACUGGAUCAACAGUUAUCAGGUGAAACAAUUGCUUGGUCUGUAAUCAAUAAAGCUAACUCCAGGUUAAAAUUUCUGUAUAGAAAAGGUAAAUUUCUUACUAUGCACACUAGGAAGUUACUGGUGAUGUCCUUGGUUCAAUGUCAUUUUGACUAUGCUUGCUCUUUCUGGUACCCUGGUUUGAGUCAGAAUCUUAAAAACAGACUUCAAACUACUCAAAAUAAGCUUUUUAGGUUUGUUUUAAACUUGGAUAACAGGUCUCAUAUUGGGCCAGAACAAUUUGUCUACUUGGAUUGGUUACCAGUUUCUAAGAGAGUUGAUCAGAUCAUAUUGUGUCAUGUUCAUAAAAUCAGGUAUGGUUCUGCCCCAGACUACCUUGGGGAAAAUUUUGUCCCACUAAGCACUGUGCAUACUCGCAAUACCAGGUCAAGCGUAGUUGCACAAUCCAACCUUGUUGAUUGUGAUGGUAGUUAUCUUUUCAGGGAUACUGGGCAAUUUUCCAAACCCAGAGUUCGUGGUUUUGGGGAAAGGUCUUUUGCUUCAAAGGGAGUUCAGUUGUGGAACAACCUCCCUCAGUCUAUUAGAGAUAUCCCUGUCCAAAGUAGAUUCAAGGCUGCUGUCAAGAAGCAUUUGUUGUCCUUUUAG